GCAUUCCCUCAGUUGAAAUUAAUUCGACCUGUUGAAAAGACGUACCUAGAUCUCGUACAAUGGGUGCAUUUAAUUCGAAGUCCAAGCACAAGUAUGAUGUGGCUAGUGAAGAACCUAAGCCGCAGAAGAGAAGCAUUACCGCUAAAUCUAAUGACUCUCAAGCACAGAGCAAGAUCGUCACACCGGAUUCCUCUCCAGCCGCUGCCCCUGCCGCGCCAGUUCCAGAAUUUGAUAUUAAAUUGGUACCCACAUGGAUUAAAGAGUCGCAUUUUGUGGAAAUACUCAGAGAGACUGUUCCAAGCUUUGAAAAAAUCAAAAGCUUUCACAUAAAACCCGCUUUGAACCCCGGAGAGAACUAUGCAACACUAAUGCUGAGAGUGAGCUUAGAUGUUGAAUUAUCAGACAAAUCCAGCAAGUCCGUUUCGUACAUGAUGAAAGUGCCACACGAAUCGCCGGAAAUGGAACAAAUGCUCGCCGUUUCAAAUUUCUUUGUCGUUGAGAAUGAAGCCUAUAUAGAUUUGUUGCCCAAGCUGGAGAAAUUGUACAAAGAAAAGGGGCUAGACAUAAGAUUUGCUCCGAGAGCAUAUCAGUUCAAGGAGAGCGUAAAAGAAGAGCCUCGACUUGCCAAUACAGUGUUAAUGUACGAUCUGGGUCAAGAAGGUUAUAAGAACGUCAAUCGUUUGGAGUGUCUCAAUUUUGAGCAGACCAAAGUAGUUCUUAAGAAGAUGGCACAAUAUCACGCCGCGGGUGCACAUUAUAAGAACCUCUAUGGUAUCUCGGAGCGACUUAUGUAUGGAAUGUUUGGGAAGAAUAUUGAAGUUGCCUUGGCGAUGCUAGAAGCCAUGAUGGUACCAACACAGAAAAGAUUCCUUAGUAAUUUAAAGAACUUCAAGGACUGUCAAAAAUACCAUGACAAGAUGGAAGCAUAUUUCGGUAAAAUUAAAGAUCUGUUUAAGUCCAUUGGCAACCACGACCCCAAUGAAUUCAAUGUUAUCAACCACGGUGAUUCUUGGGUCAACAAUCUUCUCUUUAAGAUCGCACUAAAUGGAGAUCUCUCCGAAAUGCUCUUUGUGGAUUUCCAGAAUCCACACUAUGGCCAUCCUUUCGGAGAUUUGGUCUAUUUCAUAAUGACAUCUGUGCACAUUGAUUAUAAGCUGAAGCAUUUUGACUAUUUCAUCAAAUAUUACCACGACCAGCUGAUUGAGCACCUGGAAUUACUCGAAUACACUGAACGCAAGCCGAAGUUAUGGGAACUGCAUAUGCAGCUAUCUAAACACGCUAGCUGGGCCAUCACUGCAGUCUAUAUGGUGCUGCCCGUGGUUCUUCUGGAUCCCACUGAAUCGGCCACCUUUGAGAACUUCUUUGCAGACACUGAAUCUGGGUCUGAUUUUAAGAAUCUGAUGUACUCCAACAAGCGUUACCAGCAUUAUAUUGAACAGAUACUACCUUGGCUGGAUAAUCGAGGACUCCUAGAAACCUAUGAAGAACUCCCAGGAUUGACUCCUGCUGCGAUAGCAACUGAAUCACCAAAUCAAGUUGUGAUCAAUGUGGAUCCUGAGGCCCCCGACUGGGUCAGCAUCGACUUCUUUAAGACUCUGCUUAAAACAGAGAUAACCGACUAUAAGGAUAUACAAAGUUUCCUUGUGCGAAAAGCCACAGAAGCUGGUGAUAACUACUCUUCAAUCAUGCUCUCGGUGGAUAUUGACUACCUCAAAGUAUCGGGUGGUAAAUCAAGCAUUUCAUUUAUGCUAAAAGUGCCACCGGCUGGAGCCGCUUCAAAGACGAUACUCGACUUGAUGCUCACAUUUAAAAAAGAGAUAGCAAUGUACUAUGAUGUCAUACCACAGCUGGAGCAACUCUAUCAGCACGCUGGAGAGCCAGUUGUCUUUGGCCCCAAAAGCUAUACGUUCCAGACUUCGCCAAAGGACGACCACAUCCUGCUUGAGAACCUGCGACCAGCGGGCUAUAAGAAUGCGGAUCGCCUUAAGGGGUUGAACGAAAGUGAAACGAAACAUGUGUUAGCAAAGUUGGCCAAAUUGCAUGCAGCCUCUGCUCAAUGGUAUGUAACAAAAGGCAAGUAUGCUGAUUGUCUGGACAAAGCUUUGCACAAUGAGAACACUCGUCCAAUCUUCGAAAGUGAGCAAAAUAAAAGUUUUAUGGGACUAGCGGCUGAGGCGAUUCAAAAAUUCCAGGGUAGUGAACUUUAUGGCAAAAAAGUGGUCAAGGUACUAGAUAACCUCUUUACACUGAUAUCCAAGGCGGAGGAGUACGAUGAGAAGCAGUUCAAUGUGAUGAAUCACGGUGACUGUUGGACAAACAAUGUGAUGUUUUCCUAUAAUUCACAAGGACAGAUUAUCGAUACUCUCCUCAUCGAUUUCCAGCGAUCAAACUUUAACACUCCAGCCCAGGAUCUAUAUUACUUCCUGUUAUCCUCGCCCAACUUUGAUAUCAAACUUGAGAAAUUCGAUUACUUUAUUCGCUUUUAUCACGACGAACUGAAACGAAACCUCGAGCUGCUGAAGUAUCCGCGCCACAUUCCCUCUCUAAGAGAACUCCACAUAAUGCUGCUGAACGAUUCCAUUUGGGCUGUGACAACCACAUCCACGGUGAUGUCAGCAGUCCUGCUCGAGCCCACAAAUAACGCGAGCAUUGAGACCAUGUUGGGCAACGAUGAGGAAGGUAAAAAUUUCAAGCGGAAGCUCUUCAAUAAUGACAGAUAUCGUAAGCACAGCGAAGCCAUAUAUCCCUUUCUUAAUCAUAGGGGAUUGCUCGACUUUGUCUAAAGUUUCUUUUUCGCU